AUGUCAGAUAACAAUACGAUGUCCACUACGGCCGCAGAUAGUGCCGAAGAUUUACGUCUUCCUCAAACUGUUGUUGGAAGGAUAAUCAACCAAUCGCUUCCUCCAGGUGUGAUUGUUUCUAAGGCUAGAACUGCAAUCGCGCGUGCAGCUUCUGUAUUCAUUCUUCAUGCAUCCUCCUAUGCGCAGGAAUGCGCAGUUGGAAAUAAAAGGAAAACUGUGACUGCUGCCGACGUUAUCACUGCGAUUAGUAAACUUGAGUGCGACGACCUGGAGAAACCAUUAAAAGAAGCGGUUGAAGUUUGGAAGAGCACAAGACAGCAGAAAUUGGAAGAGGCGAAGAAACGAAAAGUUGAAAAAGCUCAACAGCAAGCUAGUAAUUCCGGAGGUUCUACCGAAACAUUUUCGUGUUCCACAGUGGAGGAGGCUAACGCAGCUAUUGUUGGGAGCGCCGGAUCGCUCAUGUGCUUAAAUUAUGCGUUUGCUUUUGUGCGACUGUCACAAGCAGAGGUUCCUCAGCCGUUGACAUUUGCAGUUUAUUUUCGUGUUUUUGCUUGUGAUCCACGGCUCUUCUGCCAGCGUAUACGUAUUUGA